AUGGACAACUCCCAAAGAGCUGCUCACCAAGCUGGCCAGGCCAAGGGCCAGGCUCAGGAAAAGGCUAGCAACUUGAUGGACUCCGCCAGCAAUGCUGCCCAAUCUGCCAAGGAAACCGCCCAACACGCUGGUCAGCAAAUGCAGCAAAAGGCCCAGGGAGCUGCUGAUUCAGUCAGGAAUGCAAUGGGAGGCAACAACAACUGA